AUGCAAGGGGGAACCACACCCAGAAGUGACGUAAGGGGAACCACACCCAGAAGUGACAUAAGGGGAACCACACCCAGAAGGGAUGCAAGGGGAACCACACCCAGAAGUAAUGCAGGGGGAACCACACCCAGAAGUAAUGCAGGGGGAACCACACCCAGAAGUAAUGCAGGGGGAACCACACCCAGAAGUGACACAGGGGGAACCACACCCAGAAGUAAUGCAGGGGGAACCACACCCAGAAGUAAUGCAGGGGGAACCACACCCAGAGGUGAUGCAAGGGGGAACCACACCCAGAACAGCAGCCUGGAGCAGCAGCCUGGAGGUCUGAUCUCUACUGUCACUCUGCUCACUGUAUCCCCUAGCAGCAGCCUGGAGCAGCAGCCUGGAGGUCUGAUCUCUACUGUCACUCUGCUCACUGUACCCCCUAGCAGCAACCUGGAGCAGCAGCCUGGAGGUCUGAUCCUUACUGUCACUCUGCUCACUGUACCACCUAGCAGCAGCCUGGAGCAGCAGCCUGGAGGUCUGAUCCUUACUGUCACUCUGCUCACUGUACCCCCUAGCAGCAGCCUGGAGCAGCAGCCUGGAGGUCUGAUCCUUACUGUCACUCUGCUCACUGUACCCCCUAGCAGCAGCCUGGAGCAGCAGCCUGGAGGUCUAAUCACUACUGUCACUCUGCUCACUGUACCCCCUAGCAGCAGCCUGGAGCAGCAGCCUGGAGGUCUGAUCUCUACUGUCACUCUGCUCACUGUAUCCCCUAGCAGCAGCCUGGAGCAGCAGCCUGGAGGUCUGAUCUCUACUGUCACUCUGCUCACUGUACCCCCUAGCAGCAACCUGGAGCAGCAGCCUGGAGGUCUGAUCCUUACUGUCACUCUGCUCACUGUACCCCCUAGCAGCAGCCUGGAGCAGCAGCCUGGAGGUCUGAUCCUUACUGUCACUCUGCUCACUGUACCACCUAGCAGCAGCCUGGAGCAGCAGCCUGGAGGUCUGAUCCUUACUGUCACUCUGCUCACUGUACCCCCUAGCAGCAGCCUGGAGCAGCAGCCUGGAGGUCUGAUCUCUACUGUCACUCUGCUCACUGUAUCCCCUAGCAGCAGCCUGGAGCAGCAGCCUGGAGGUCUGAUCUCUACUGUCACUCUGCUCACUGUACCCCCUAGCAGCAACCUGGAGCAGCAGCCUGGAGGUCUGAUCCUUACUGUCACUCUGCUCACUGUACCCCCUAGCAGCAGCCUGGAGCAGCAGCCUGGAGGUCUGAUCCUUACUGUCACUCUGCUCACUGUACCCCCUAGCAGCAGCCUGGAGCAGCAGCCUGGAGGUCUGAUCCUUACUGUCACUCUGCUCACUGUACCCCCUAGCAGCAGCCUGGAGCAGCAGCCUGGAGGUCUGAUCCUUACUGUCACUCUGCUCACUGUACCCCCUAGCAGCAGCCUGGAGGUCUGA